CUUUUCUCUAGUUAUGGCCACUUUCUUUGUUGUUGUGUGUAGUUAUUAGACUGGGCGACACGUUUUUGUGCCCUGUAAAGUUUAUUUUCUGAGCAGCUGCCAACAACCGGCUGUGCGGCUGAAUUAAAGUUAGCUUGAACUUCUUCAGACUGCUAACCUCUCCAGAUUGGAGGAUGCGAGCGAGUGGAGUUGCAUUUGAUUUGUUUUUUCAUUUUAUCGAAAGGAAAAUGAGGAAAGAAGGAGAUUUUUUCUCUUCAUUUUAAAAAAAAAAAACUACAAAAGGUUGUUUACAAAAGGAGACAAGGGGGAAAUGAAACUCUGCUAACACAAGAAGACGCAUACUGACAGUUACAACCACAAAUGUUGUAACGCUCCUGUUUUUUUGCUGAUCAAUAACUGUAUUAAUUGAUACAAGAUCAAGUGAAUUUUUCUGUUCGUCUUUGCGAGGAAAUCCCUGAUGCUUUCAGUCAUGGCGAACUGAGGGUGAGGUGACACUCACCCUCUCAACAUGCUGGCUCUGAGGCUGGAGCAGGGCAAGCGAGGGGGUGGUGAGGUUGAUCGCCCGCAGAAAGGGCCCACUGUGGCCUGGCAGGGCCGGGGGGCAGGGAGGCCCCCUUCCCAUGAGCAGGGCGUCAACAUCAGGGAGAAGAUCUCACAGUGGGAAGGUCGCAGUCAGCAGGGCAGCAGCCCGGAUGCCAGGGUGAAAGCACACCCUCCAACUGUAUCCCGAAGUCUGUCUGGGGAUCUCCUGAGCAAUGGAUGUUCCAACGAGGGCUCGAGAGGGGGGCUUCACGCAAAAGCCAGCAUCUCAAAAACUAAGAGCUUGGGCUUAGAUUUUCGGGAAUCCCCAGCACCAGCUGGACAUGGUGUGGUUGGUAGGAAGUCAGAACAUCUCAAGAAAUGCUCCACUGAAUUUUCAGCCACAUCCCCAGGAAAUAAACCACUUGCAGCACAAAUAUUUCUAUCUCCUAAAGUGGAGGCUAACACGGCUAACUCCACAGGUAAACAAACCUUCACCGCCAAUGGCGACCAAACAAUGGAUCGCAUCUUGGAUGUGGAAGUAGUUUCUAAACCUCUACCUCUGUCCACUGAUGACCAAGAAGACAACAUGCCCGCUGGGAACUUCUACACUUCACGGGGUUUCUGGCGUAAGCUGGAGGGAGACAGACUGCUGUGGGAGAAAGGCAGGGAGUCUUCAGGUGAAGCUCUGCCUCCUCCCAAACCUCAGCGGACAUUCCAGUAUCGCGCAGCCAACAACAACAGAAACUCGGGGCACACAGCGCGCUGGGACAGAAGAUCUCCUCAUAACAACCACUCCAAUGUGGGGAGCAGGAGGGUGGCCCACCCACCUAGCUUCCCACCUCCUCCAUGUCCAGUUGCAAAGAGCGAUGGGCUUUCAAGGCAUAAAAAGAACAGGAAGUCCUUUGAGUAUGAGGAUGCAGCUCGUCUGACAGUGACGCAAGGCACCCUGGGAGAUGAGACGAGGAACUCAGGCCUUUACCAUGCCUAUUCUGACGACAAUAUUUACGAGGACAUUGUCUGUGAAGUCACUAGAGAUAACCCCUAUGAGGAUGUCAGGCUAUCUCCCAUGUGUCUACCCAUUGCAAGGCCUCAAGUUCCAAAGCUGCCUCCUAAACCCCAAACGUUGCAAGGUUACGCUGGCAAAGUGGAGAAGAAGGGGUUCCAAGCAUCCAAAUCCACCACCCUUGCAGAAACCCCCAAACCAGCGACACCCCGGCGCACAAGCACUCAGAAAACACAGAGGAUGCCUCAGUACGUCAACAAGAUUGAGACCAUCUUUGACGACAAGCGAGGGAGGAAGAGAGUGAAGAACCAGGGAGUCUCAGUGCGAGAGGAGACCAGCGGGACAGAGAGCGACCCCGAGGACAACAGCAAAGCAGGCUCCAGGAGAUCAGUUUAUAUCCAGUCUACACUGAAACGUCGGCCAGGAUACCGCACCCUGGAGAGAGACCUGAUCCAGCUGCAGCAGCAGCAGCUUUUCCAGAUCUUCGUGGUGGUGUCGCUGAGAAAAGGCUCCCCAGGAAACACCUACUCCCCUGAAAUUACACAACAGUUCCCCAAAAUGUUUGAGAAGUCCUCCCGGCUCUCCAGAGAAGCUGAGGAUCAGCUGAAGGUCAUUCCCAAGUUCUGCUUCCCCGACUCGCAGGACUGGAAGCCGUCUGCACACAUGCCAAGUGAGACCUUCUCCUUUGUGCUGACCGGAGAAGACGGCAGCCGCUGGUUUUGUUACUGCCGUAAGAUCCUGCCCAGUGGAAAGGGGAAGAGGCUUCCUGAGGUGCACUGUAUUGUCAGCAAGCUGGGCUGUUUCAACUUGUUUGCAAAGAUUCUCGAGGAGGUGGAGAGGCGCAGAGAGAUUUCCCCGGCGCUCGUUUACCCUUUUAUGCGCAGUGUGAUGGAGGCGCCGUUUCCAGCCCCCGGACGCACAGUCACCGUCAAAAGCUUCCUCCCUGGCUCUGGGAAUGAGGUGCUCACUCUAUGUCGGCCUGUGGACUCCAGAUUAGAGCACGUGGACUUUGACAGUCUGCUGCAGUGUCUCGGUGUCGGGAAGCUCCUGCAGGUGUUCGCCUCCCUCCUGCUGGAGAGGAGAGUCAUCUUCAUCGCUGACAAACUCAGCGUGUUGUCUCGGUGUGGCCACGCAGCACUGGCGCUGCUGUACCCAUUCACCUGGCAGCACACUUUUAUUCCCGUGUUGCCGGCCAGUAUGUUGGACAUCAGCUGCUCCCCAACGCCAUUCCUCAUCGGGGUGCUGGCACCCUGCCUGCCGCAGCUGCUGGAGCUGCCCAUUGAGGAGGUGCUCAUAGUGGAUCUGUGUGCGGACAAGUUUGUCAUUCAGCUGGGUGAUGAAGACUGCAUCCUGCCCAGUAAACUGCAGGCAGCACUGCAGCAGGUCCUGGAGGAGAGGGAAGAGAUCCUGAGACAGGAGGAUGGAGACAGUUUUGGAGGCCAGCAGGCUGACCUGAGCUCCCUGCUGUCAGAGAGUUUUGUGCGGUUCUUCGUGGAGCUGGUGGGCCACUAUCCUCUCCACAUGGUCGAGUCCUCCCGCGGAAGCAGGGAGCUUCAGCGCGACAGCUUCCGCAAAUCUCACCCCUCCCGCGGAGUCCGCCAGUUCCUGCAGCUCUUCAUGGACACUCAGAUGUUCGCUGGGUUCAUUCAGGACAAAGAGCUGCGCAAGGGAGGAGGAAGAGGUCUCUUUGAAGUCAGAGUGGCCGAGUAUCUGGAUUCGUAUCCUGAGCCGGAGCCAAGUGGUGUGAACAAAUUUCUUAAAGGACUGGGAAACAGGAUGAAACUCCUACAGAUGAAAUGAAAAAAAAGAACAAGACCUUGGCUUUUAGUUGAAAGACUUUGUAAUUAAAGACAGAACACUUGUUGCUGCUGGACUGACCGAGGACGUGAAUGUGGAUCAGAGUCUUGUGUCUGGAUGUGAAUGGGAGAGUGAGGAGUUUGCAUAUGAGAGGACCGUGUAUGAAUGUUCGAGUGCGUUGCACUUCUCAUUGGAUGAAAACUGGAAACUGUUCUUAUAUUUCUUUUUUCUUACAUUGUUUUAUGAAGCCUUGACGACAAGGCAACAUUCCAGCUAAUUAACCUCAGUAAUCAACCUGAAUGUGCCUGGUUGUAACUAUUUCCAUCAUGUUUAUUUUACUUUUUUAUUCACAAUUGGAUCAAUUCUGCUGCACAAUAUGUGCAAUGUACAGUAAAUGUAACUUUAAUGUUACAUUUUAAGCUUAUAAGUACUUAGCUGAAAAUAUGUUGUGUGCUUCUAACCUGAUGCAUGUUUUUAUAUGUUUUAAUGUAAAAUUCUGUUCCUUUUUUUUAAAUUCCUCUCAGCACAAACUGUAAAGACUUUUUGUUUACUGUGUGUUGUAUGUUGUAUUUGUGUUUCAGAUUAAGUGGAGGUUUAUUAACUCUGAUCAGAACGUUUCAAAGUGUUUGGACUCCAGGUUAAACCUCAGUCAACAUGACUAUUAAGAUUUUGUGGAAAUUAUUUUCUCUUGUCCUCCUCUUUCUCCCUGUUAACUGGAGUUGUAAAUAUGUUUUUUUUACAUUUUGCACAUGUUGAGAACCAGUGUACAGUGUUUGGAAUAUUUUUGUAUUAAAAGCAUGACAUGUCCUACAUACAUUUUAAAUAAAUGGGUUCCCAAGGACAGUAUUUAAUGUGUGACUAUGCUAUUUAUAAUGCAAAACCCUCGAAAACUGGGUUGUACAGUUACCCUGCCUAAUUAUCAUGAAACUUGUG